AUGAAUAAAGUUGAGGCUUUUCAGAGAAAGAAAAGGAAAGAUUUUAUACCCUACUUUCUUGGAUUUGUUAUAUUUUUAUAUGGCACAGUCCACUUCGUGUCAUUUACAGCAGAAACCUCUCGGGAAAGCGUCUCGGUGAGGGUGCGUCGGGCUCUGGAGAAUGAGACUGAGUGCAUCCCUCCGCAGUCCUCCGAGUUCCCUGAAGGCUUCUUCACGGUGCAGGAGAGGAAGGACGGAGGGCUCGUCAUUUAUUUUAUGAUUAUUUUCUACAUGCUGUUGGCAGUCUCAAUAGUCUGUGACGAUUACUUUCUCCCAUCCUUAGAAGUCAUCAGUGAACGUUUGGGACUGUCUCAGGAUGUGGCCGGGGCCACGUUUAUGGCAGCUGGGAGCUCAGCUCCCGAACUCGUCACAGCCUUUCUGGGUGUGUUUGUCACUAAGGGGGACAUUGGGGUCAGCACCAUCGUGGGAUCAGCUGUCUACAACCUGUUAGGAAUCUGUGCUGCCUGUGGACUCCUGGCCUCCAUGGCGGGGCGUCUCACAUGCUGGCCACUGUUCAGGGACUGCCUGGCAUAUGGCAUCAGUGUAGCUGCUGUUAUUGGCAUCAUUUCUGAUAACAAGGUUUACUGGUAUGAUGCUGCCAGUCUGCUGCUGGUCUACGGCGUCUACAUUGUGGUUCUGUGUUUCGACCUUCGCAUCAGUGAGUUUGUCCUGAGGAAGCUGAGCCCCUGCUGCACCUGUCUGGGCUCCGGCUCUGGUGAGAAGGUGGAGACGCAGCCUCUGAUGGGCUGGAACGACGACACGAGCCUGAGAAUCCACAGUCGCUCCCGGACAGAUAGCGGGAUCUUCCAGGAUGACUCUGGGUACUCCCACCUGUCCCUCAGCCUCCAUGGCCUCAAUGAGAUCCCUGAAGAGCACAGGAGUGUGUUUUCUGUGCCGGAGAGCGACCUGAAGCGGAUCCUCUGGGUCCUGUCCCUGCCCGUCAUCACCCUGCUCUUCCUGACCAUCCCCGACUGCAGGAGAAGGUUCUGGAAGCGGUGGUUCAUGAUCACCUUCCUCAUGUCGGCUGUCUGGAUCUCAGCCUUCACCUACGUGCUGGUGUGGAUGGUGACCGUCGUCGGUGAGACUCUUGGCAUCCCGGACACAGUGAUGGGCCUCACGUUGCUGGCUGCUGGGACCAGUAUACCCGACACCGUAGCCAGUGUGAUGGUGGCCAGAGAAGGAAAAGCUGACAUGGCCAUGUCCAACAUUGUGGGCUCCAAUGUUUUCGACAUGCUGUGCCUGGGGCUGCCCUGGUUCAUUAAGACUGCGUUUGUGGACACCAACAACCCCGUGGAGGUCAACAGCACCGGGCUGGUGUUUAUUUCCGCAACGCUGCUCCUGUCCAUCGUCUUUCUGUUCGUCGCCGUGCAUAUCAACGGCUGGAGGCUGGACUGGAAGCUGGGACUCGUUUGUCUCUUCUGCUACAUCCUCUUCGCCACCCUGUCCAUCCUGUACGAGCUGGGGAUUAUUGGGAAUAAUCCUAUAAGACUGUGCAGCGACUGAGAUCUGACCGCUGCCAUACCUUCUGGGACUAAAGGUUCAAAUGCACAACAAAAAUGUUAAGCCUUCACAAGCCAGCGACGCCGAGGCAAGAAGGCAAGGCCCCUCUCACAUGCUUUAGGGCAUUA